AUGCCAUACCCUACGUCAGACAAUCCGGUAGAGUUUAACCCAUUUGAUGAUUCAUUUCAGAUGCCACCAUAUAUACAUUCCCCGACACCGAGUAAUCCAGACCACAUGAGUCAAGAAGCGCCGUCGGCGUCGACUGUGCGCACUAGUGCAGAAUAUGAGCAAAAUGUUGGAAGUCCAUUCAUGAUGACUGAUGAUAGUUUGCAUGACGCCGAUGAAAUGCUCUUCGACAUAAAUGAAGAUAUAAAUGAAGAUGAAGAUUUAGAGGGUACCACUGUUGUUUCGGAUGAUGAGGUACGAGUUGAAGCACCAAGGUCGGGUAUGGAAUUUGACAGUGCGAAAGAGGUUAAGACCUACUACAAGCAAUAUGCCAAGCAAGAGGGUUUUGGUGUACGGUCAUUUAGGACUAGGAGAGAUGAUGAAGGGAGACCGGUGUAUGUGACAUUUGGUUGUUCCCGUGGCGGGAAGUACCAACCUAAGGGUAACAAUAUCUCAAGGCCACGGCCAACAACUAAAACAGAUUGUAAGGCGAGAGUAAAUGCGACCUUGAAUAAGAAUGAGAAAUGGGUAUUCACCACUGUUGUAAAUGCGCACAACCACAUCACUUGA